AUGACCCCUCAAAAUAAGCAGAGACACCUCUCAGUUCUGUCUGCUAACGUCAGAGGCCUCCGGACCAAUAUUGGUGAGUUGACUCACAUGGCCCUCAACAUCAGUGCCGAUAUAAUAGUGGCUACUGAAACUUUCCUUAAUGCAGAAGUAGAACCUGCUUUUGGUAAAAUACGAGGCUAUUCACAGUGGCAAAGAAGAGACAGAACAGGAAAGAACUUUGGAGGUGUAGCUGUGUGCUACAAAGAGAACCUGCAAAUUCAGCUGCUAACAGUCGACUUACCAGACUGGCUGGAAGCCAUCUUUAUGAAGGUCAUGCUGAAGUCAAAUGAGUCCCUACUACUUUGCGCUCACUACAGGCCGCAGUGGCAAGGCAGGGCACCGAUGGACUUCCUAACGGAAAAUUUAGACGUCCUUCAGGCUCGGAACAACUGUCAGCAUCUCUUAAUAGUUGGGGACCUCAAUCACCAUCUCAUCCAGUCAGCAUAUGAGGACCUCCUCACAGUUCACGGGCUGACAGAUUACGUCGAUUUCCCGACGCACAUCCUCGGUAGAUCUCUCGACCCUGUUAUAUCUGAUCUAACUGAGGACUUUAUCUCUUGCUCAUCGCUCGGCAAUAUAGGGACAUCAGAUCACCUUGCAGUUGUAUCACAUCUUUGCCUCGCCCCCGCAGCUGAUGAAAGGAGACAAAGAAAAAUAUGGCUUUGGAACCAUGCAAACUGGCCAGGUAUGAAGGCAGAACUUCAGUCACAAGACUGGGAUGUUCUCCUGGUGGGGAAUGCAAACGACAAAGCAUCUUCCAUCACCAGCCUCCUCACUGAAAUGCAGGAGAAAUACGUCCCUUCACGGACAUAUAUCACAAAACCAGGGGACCAAGCCUGGUUUGGCUACAGAUGUCAUCAAGCCUCCAAAAAGAAAUACAGAUUGUGGCAAAGGUACAAAGCCAAUCCCACAAGACACAAUAAACAUCUGUACAAAAAUGCUUGCAAAGAAAUGACAGCCACGUGCAAAUGGGCCCGCAACAGAUGGCAAGAGGAUACAAAGCGCAGACUGUCAACUUUAGGAGCAGGCAGCAAGGAGUGGUGGUCGCUCGUCAAGGAGCACCAAGGGGAGACCCGGGAACCCACAAUGCCUCCACUAACCAAGCCCGAUGGAACAACUGCCUCGAGCAACCGGGAAAAAGCUAACCUUCUGGGAAGCAUGUUCAGUUGUAAAAUGACAGUGCCAGAUGCUAACAGGGCACCACCAGAGAUACCCUCAAUGUGCCAUGAACAACUCCCUGGUAUUCAAAUCUGUCGCACCAGAACCAAAGAGAUCCUUCAGAACCUAAACACAAAGAAAGCCCCAGGUUCAGAUGAUAUUAGCCCACAUAUUCUCCGUAGCAAGGUAUUUGAAAAGAUCAUUGCUGAACAGCUCAUGAAACACCUGGAAAACCACAAUCUUAUUUCCGCCAGACAGUUUGGUUUUAGAUCCUCCAGAUCGACUGCUGACCUUCUUCUACUGCUGAGUGAAAACUGGCAGGAUGCUCUUGAUGCCGGUCAAGAUACUCUGGUGAUCGCCCUCGACAUCGCCGGCGCCUUCGACCGAGUGUGGCACAGAGGGCUCCUAGCUAAACUACAAGCAAGAGGCAUAAGCAGUAACCUCUUGCGGCUCUUUGAUAAUUAUCUCACUGGAAGAACACUUAAAGUGGUCAUCGGUGGCCAGUCAUCCCAGAAGUAUCCGGUAGAGGCUUCGGUACCACAAGGAUCUGUACUUGGCCCAAUCCUCUGGAAUAUUUAUAUUGAUGAUAUGCUGAGGGAACAUCCUGAAAUCAAUGCAUAUGCCGAUGACUGUACACUCUCUGUUUCAUACCAACGUGAGGACCAUGACGCUGUAGCAACGAAUAUGAAUUCAAAGCUGCAAGCAAUCUACGAAUGGGGAUCACAAUGGCAAGUAAGAUUUGCCCCCAACAAGACCCAGGCAAUGGUUAUAUCCCGCUCUCCAGCUGCAUCAGGCGUCAUGAAAGACACAAUCUUAAUGAACAACACCGCCCUCCCACUCGAGGACUUGAUCUCAGUCCUCGGUAUUGACAUAGACAGUGGUCUAAGAUUUAACAGACACGUCAGCAGGAUUUGCAAAACAGCUUCCCUGAAGGUGACAGCCGUUCGACGCAUAUCUCAUCUCCUGAAUCCUCAGGGAAUUCUCACGCUAUACAAAUCCCAGAUCAGACCACACCUAGAAUAUGCCUCGUUGGCAUGGUCGUCUACUGCGGCCACCAGCCUCAACAAGCUGGAUAAAAUAGAAAAACGGGCUCUCAGGCUUAUCCAGGAAGCCGCCAAUCUUCCCCACAUCGACGCGCUGGAACAUCGUCGUGACGUCGGGGCUCUAACGGUGCUCCACAAGGCUCAGGUGCAGCAGGUGCCUCAUCUAAGCAGCCUCCGUCUCCCACCCCACGGCCGAGAGAGAAGUACGAGGACGGUACACUCUAAUCGGCUACUGGUGGAAGUUCCGAGGUCGCGGUCUAGCCAGCAUCAGCGCACCUUCUCUGCCAGAGUAGCACGUCUGUGGAAUGCAUUCACAUCCACCAUCGAUGUCGCCGAAAUGACAACGCAACAAGUGAAGGCAGCGGCUCACCGAUGGCGGUCGAGCCAGCCAUCACCUCUUAACCUCCUACACCCUCAUGGCGACACAUAA